AUGAAUAUCUUCAUUCUCUUAAGCAUCAACUUUGUAUAUGGUUUCCUUGGAAAUAUUGUUUCAAAUGCUAAGCCUCUUCCUUAUGAGGCGAUAUUCAAUUUUGGUGACUCUUUUAGUGACACUGGAAAUGCUGGUAUUUUGUACCCGCAAUAUCCAGGAAAUAAAAACUCUUAUGGCUCAACGUACUUCAAACAUCCAACUGGGCCCAAAGCAUAUGGUUUUCAAUAUCUGCCAGUCUAUAUGAAUCUCACCAAAGCCAAAGACAUCAAGAAAGGAGUAAAUUUUGCCGUUUCUGGUGCUACUGCACUUGAUGUAGAGUAUUUCAAAAAGAGAGGAGGCUAUCAACCAACAUCGGAUAAAUCAUUGAGUGUCCAACUUGAUUGGUUCAAGAAGCUCAAACCUUCCUUAUGCAAAAGAAAAGAGUGCGAUAACUACUUCAAAAAAUCAUUAUUUUUAGUGGGAGAGAUUGGUGGGAAUGAUAUUAUCUCACUUCUUUCACUUAAAAAUGAGACAGAACUUAAAAGAGGAGUCCCUCUAAUUAUUCAAACAAUUGCCAAUGUCACCGCUGCAUUAAUAGAAGAAGGUGCAGUGGAGCUAGCGGUGCCUGGAAACGUCCCAAUCGGUUGCUCUGCUGGCACUAUUUUAUUAGCAAAUAGUACCAAGAAAUCGGACUAUGAUCAGUUUGGGUGCUUGAUACAUUUUAAUACUUUCAUGGAGAACUAUAACAAGCAGCUCAAACAUGCCAUAAAGAUACUAAGAAAGAAGUACCGUCAAGCUGAGAUAAUAUAUUUUGACUACUACAACGAUACCAAACGUUUGUAUCAAGCGCCCCAAAAAUUUGGUGUGAUAUGGUUUAGUUCUGAUAAGAAUGAAGCUUUAAAAGCAUGUUGUGUACAAUGUGGAAGUUCCGCCUCCAAAGUCUGCCCCAACCCUUCAAAAUAUGUAAGUUGGGACGGAGUCCACUUCACCGAAGCAACUUACAAGGUAUUAGCAAAAGGACUACUUGAGGGCCAUUUUGCACAUCCUUCUCUAAGACCCCCUCCUUCCAAAAUAGCUUAG